AUGUGCUCACAAUUCAAUUCAUCUUCCCUUAUGUUUCUCUCGAACUCGAGUACCGAUUGCAAUUUCUUGUCAAGACCCAUUUUAGAUUUUCAAAAUGGGUGUCAAAAUUCACAUUUAGAAGACACAAAAGUGACUCAAAAUCAAGAAGAUCAAAGACAAGAACAUACACAACAAGAAGUUGACAAGAAAGAAGAAGUAGAAGAAUUUGAAGAUGUUAAGGAUUCUUGUUUGAAAGUUAAAGAAGAUGAAGUGAAAAUUCCAACAUCACCAAAAUGUAAUACUAAACAUAUGAUUUGUCCACCAGCUCCAAAGAAGCCAAAGUCAAUUCAAAUUACAAAGAGAAAACAAAGAGUGUUUCUUGAUGUUUAUGAUGAAGUAAAAUCAAUGUUUCCUCCAGCUUUAUUAGCAGAUCUUGGUAACAAAAUCAAGAAAGUUAGGAGAGAAAGUUCCAUUUUAUAA